AUGCCUCAGCUUAAUGUUCCCGGCGCCGUUCUCCACUACGAGACGUUCGGCUCAGACGGUCCCCUUCUCAUCGUUAUACCCGGUGCCGACGGCCGGGGCAGCGUCUUCCACUCCUCCGCCCAAUUUCUCGCCGCUCACUUCACCGUUGUAUGCUGGGACCGCCGCGGAUACUCGCAAAGCUUUCUCGAUGGCAAGCAAGACUUCCAACAGCGUCUGCAGACUGACGCUGACGAUGCCCAACGACUGAUCGUGCACCUUUCUCGCACCGGGACUGCGGCUGUCUUCGGAACCUCGUCCGGAGCCGUCGUUGCCCAACAGUUGCUCGCCAGUCAUCCCGAGUGUGUGACAACGCUCAUUGCACAUGAGCCCCCGGCCUUCUCCGUUCUUCCAGAAGAGCUACAACUGCAGGCACAUGGCCUGAUCAAUCACAUCUACGACACAUAUCGAGCUCAUGGCCCCAGCACCGCCAUGGAGGUCUUCUCCGCGGGCCUGUCCAAGGGCCCUGAGACGAGCUUGAUGCAAUCCUGCAUGGAUGCAAAACGUGGCGACGACAUCCGUGCAAAUUCCCUCUUUUGGUUCGAAUUUGAGCUGAGACAGUAUACCAGUGCUCCGGUUGAUGUUGAAGCCCUUUCCAAUGUGAAAGAGAAAUUGAUCCUCGCUGUGGGUGAGGACAGCGGCGAUGGACCAGCUAUGGGCGUAAUGAAGGCACUCGCUAUGCAUACAGAUAAGGAAGUUCUGAGGAUUCCCGGCGGUCAUCUAGGAUAUGUGCUUAAGCCGGAAAUGUGGGCAAAGAGAAUACUGGAGUUACUUCAGUAG